AUCGAGAACAACCCAACAGAGAAUCAGUUCGCCGUCGCCACCAAUCUCGUGUUUCCUUACGAUUACGAUCCCAACCCUUCGGCGAUCGCGAUUGGUCUGGAGAUUUUCUUUAUCUGCGGAGCAUACACACCCUCGUCAAGGUUGCUGAUCUUUGAUACCCGAUCUGUCGGCGGCAAGAUAUUCGUGAUCGGAGGCUUUAGAGGCGACGAGAUUCAGGAGGAAUCAUUUGACCUAAAGACGCAAACUUGGGAACAAGUGCCAGAUCCUGAGGAAAACUGGUGGUGGGAUCGUUCGAAAUCUCUUGUGUCGUUGGACAAGAAGGUUUAUGCGUUACUGUCGCAUGAACAAAUCGCUGUUCACUACGACACCAUAGACGGUUCUUGUGGGAGCUUUGUGUUGCCAAAGGACGAUGACUUGUGCGAAGCGGGCGUGUGCGUGGCGGAGAACGUGCUCUACGUUUACUACGCAAGGUUCGGGCUGAUGUGGUUUGACUCUGAGCUGAUGCUGUGGAAAGUGGUCGAGGGACUGAGUCAUCUCAACAAGGUUCGAUGCGUUGGAAUGGCGGAAUACUAUGGAAAGAUGGCGGUUCUAUGGGAGGAAACGAGAGGUGUUAGUGGUGAAAGGAAGGAGAUUUGGUGUAGAAUGAUUGCUUUGGGCAGGAGUGAAGUAGGGAUCCAUGGGACUGCUGAAACGGCUAAACUUCUGGGGAGUGUCCCUCUUGGCUAUAGAAUGGAGUGUUGUCUCUCUGUUUUGGAC